GUACCUUGUACAGCAGUCCACCCGUCAGUGCUCGUCCGCUGGCACCGGCCCCCGGGGCGCCACCGCCGCCACCGCCGUCACCGCCGCCACCGUUGUCACCGCCGCCACCGUUGUCACCGCCGCCACCGCCGUCACCGCCGCCACCGUUGUCACCGCCGCCACCGCCGCCACCGCCGCCACCGUUGUCACCGCCGCCACCGUUGUCACCGCUGCUCCCUCCGCCGGUUCAGCCGCCGUCCAGCCCGCCUGCCUUGUCUCCCUGUGUGGCCUCCCCGUCAGGGCUACCCAAUGCCACAUCGCCGGACAAGACGCCGUCCUGGAGUCCUUGCCUGCGUUCUCCACCGCCAUCUCCGUCACUUUCGCCGCCGACGCCACCAUUUCUUGCUCCAGAGCCCAAUAACAUGAGCCAGGAGCCUCUCGGCCCGGACCACCCGUCGUCGCCGUCACCUCCCUCACUCCCCCGCCGGUCACCAGAUCCGGUGCAGUCACCGCAGCCAAAGCCUAGCCCCAAGAUGGCGCCAUCUUCGCCGCUGAAGACGCCGCCCACGCCGCUGCUGCCGAAGCUGCCGCCGCCGAAGACGCCCUCUCCGAAACCACCCUCACCACGGCCGCUAAAGAUGCCACCCCUGGCAAGGUCCCCGCCAAAGUCGCCUGCGUCUCGGUCGCCGCCGAAGCCCCCGUUAGCAAGGCCACCCCCGAAGCCCUCCGUACCAGGGCUGCCGCUGAGGGCCCCCCCGCCUCGCCUGUCCCCAAGGCCGCCUCCAGUCCCCAAGCCCCCUUCGCCACGACUAUCGCCAAGGCCGCCUCCACUCCCCAAGCCGCAACCGCCGCCAAGGUCACCAGCACCACGGCCAAACACAAGGCCGCCCCCUCCGGUUAAACCCCCGCCACGGCGGCCUCCACCACCCGCGCGACCCCCUCCACAACGACCCUCCCCGCAUCCUCCGAAACCACCGCCACCGCAUCCGACGCUGGAACCCGCUGUGAUGCCAGUGCCUCUCCGCAUGCCCGUCUACGAGCCUAGCAAUCGCACCUACCUGAAGGCUGGCAGCAUCGGCGCCCUAACAGUGAUGCCGCUGCAGAGUGCCCUGAGUCGGGUGUUCGUGCGGAUGCUGUGUCCCGUGCGUAAGUACGCAGCUGUGUUACGCGUUGGAAACCCCGUCGACCUCAGCACUUGGAAGCUCCAGUGCGCAAAUGUCUCCCUGGCACCGCGCACGCGCCACCUCCUGAUCGAACGGCCUGACGAUGGCUGCGGGGCAGCGGCAGGUCCGAGCGUAGCUCGUCUGUCCAUACAACAUCUGUUCAGCUGGCGAGCAUACAACCUCACCAUCCCUGUGGGCUAUGUCAGCGCUUUGUCGCUGCUGAUUACCGCCGCACUGGGGGCGGUCUUCCUGAUGUGGAUUGUUGAGCGAGCAAAGAAAUGUCUGGACUUCGCGUCGACAUGUUUCAUGUUCCAUUUUUUCUUUUGCUGGCAUUACGAGGGCUUCCCUGCUCGCUUCGAAUGGUGGCUCGUGAACGGCUUGGGGCUCAUCAUAAUGUCGCUGUUGGGAGAAUGGCUCUGUCUUCGUCGCGAGAUGCAAGAAAUCCCCCUCAAUACGUUGAGAGGGCGAGGAGCUAACGGGGGUGCAGCAGCGGCCAGCGGCAGUGGCGGCGCCGGCACGUCGGUACCUGGAGGGGUUGUUGGCGGCACUUCCUCCGCCGUACAGAUGGCGGGCUCGACUCUCAGCAGCAAAUCGGCGUUCAAGCCGCAGGUGGGCCAACAGGCGCUCGUCAGCC